AUGGCACCGGCGCGCAGUGAUUGCCGCCUAUACCUGCAUUAUCGUCUCAUCCCUUCGUCGCACCGAUACGACGCGGGUGCGGCGGUGCUGGAGGGACCCAAGGGCGCCAAUCCCGCGUCGGGCGGCGCUGCGACCGUCGCCACACCCGCGUCGCAGCGGCGGCGGCGGUGGCCACGGAUCCCGCCCUCGAUACCCGCCGCCGGAAUUUCGCCCCAACGCGCGGCCUCGGAUCUGGGGACGACUGCUGCAAGCCUUUGCUGCGCGGGUGGCUUCGUGCCUGACGAACACUCGAAGAGUUUAUGGCUGGGGUUCGCGUCGGCGUGA